AGUGUCAAAAACAAAGUCCAGCUUGCAUUGUUGCUUCCGUUUUACCCUCCUUCCAUUUCUUUUCAUUUUUCCAUUUUCCACCAGAACUGACAAAAAUCUUGGAACCAAAAAUUUAGCAAAAUCCCACAGCUGCCUUUUUUGAAAGACCAUCACCCUAUUUCCCUCAACUUCCCCAUUCUUUCCCCAAAAUUUCAACUCCCCCCACCACCACCAGCGCAACCUCUUAACGCAGCGUUUCAUUUCAUGGAAUCUCCACCGCCGCCGCCUUCGCUUCAAGAGCUAGACGCGGCGGAGAAGAUUAUUCUCCUCUGGGACUCCACGGCUUCCGAGCAGGCCCGGGAACGAAUGAUAUUUGACGGCCAACGCGACGAAGUCGAUCGCUACUUACAGGCCGUCGAUGAAAUCCAACGCUCCUUGUCCUCCGCCACGCUUGCCUCCGAGGAUGACCAGUCCAACCUCAACUCCGCCAUCCAGAUCGCCAUGGCUCGGUUGGAGGACGAGUUCCGCAACAUCCUCCUCAACCACACCACUCCCAUCGAGCCCGACUCUCUUUCCUCAGCCGAUCCGAGCUCGUCAACUCACUCCGGCAUCGCUGAUUCGAGCCCCGAGUUCGAGGACUACUCGGCUGAAGAUGACGGCGGUUUGACCACACCUAAAGCCUCCUCCGUCACCGCCGUUGACGUCGACGAGCUUCUCCAGCGCGGCGAUUCGUCGAACACUAGCAGCUACAGGUCCACCAGCAGCAUCCGCGAGCUCGAUCUCAUCCCCUCCGAUGCGGUCUUCGAUCUCCGCAACAUCGCCGAGCGGGUGAUCGCCGCCGGCUACUUACGCGAGUGUAUCCAGGUGUACGGCAGCGUAAGAAAGGGGGCGGUGGACUCCAGUUUCCGGAAGCUAGGGAUUGAGAAGCUGAGCAUCGGAGACGUUCAGAGACUUCAGUGGGAGCAGCUGGAGACCAAGAUCCGACGGUGGAUACGCGCCGCCAAGGCCUGCGUGAGGACCGUCUUCGCCUCCGAGAAAAAGCUCUGCGAGCAAAUCUUCAACGGCAUCGGCACCGCCAUUGACGAUGCUUGCUUUAUGGAGACAGUCAAGGGCCCCGCGAUUCAGCUGUUCAACUUCGCCGAGGCCAUCAGCAUAAGCCGGAGGUCUCCCGAGAAGCUCUUCAAGAUUCUUGACUUGCACGAUGCUCUGAUGGACUUGAUGCCAGAUAUUGAAUCCGUUUUCGAUUCAAAAUCAUCGGAGUCGAUUCGGAUUCAGGCGGUGGAGAUACUGUCGAGGCUGGCGGAGGCGGCGAGGGGGAUUCUAUCGGAGUUUGAGAACGCUGUGCUUCGUGAACCCUCUAGGGUUCCAGUCCCGGGCGGAACGAUUCAUCCAUUGACUCGGUACGUGAUGAAUUACAUCAGUUUGAUAUCGGAUUAUAAGCAGACUUUGAAUGAGCUUAUUGUGUCGAAGCCGUCUACAGGGUCGCGGUACUCCAGCGACCCCACGACUCCGGAUAUGGAGUUCGCAGAGCUAGAGGGGAAAACCCCUCUGGCUCUGCAUUUGAUUUGGAUUAUUGUGAUUUUGCAAUUUAAUUUGGAUGGCAAGUCUAAGCACUAUAAGGAUGCUUCAAUAGCUCACUUGUUUAUGAUGAACAAUGUUCAUUACAUUGUUCAAAAGGUCAAGGGGUCCCCGGAAUUGAGGGAGAUGAUUGGAGAUGAUUACUUGAGGAAGUUGACCGGGAAGUUCCGCCAGGCAGCCACUAGUUACCAGAGAGCUACUUGGGUCGGGGUGUUGUAUUGUUUGAGAGACGAAGGGUUACAUGUGAGUGGGAGUUUUUCUUCGGGGGUGUCGAAGAGUGCAUUGAGAGAGAGGUUCAAGUCUUUCAAUGCUAUGUUUGAGGAGGUUCAUAGGACUCAAGCUACUUGGUUGAUACCAGAUACUCAGCUUAGGGAGGAGCUAAGGAUAUCUAUUUCAGAGAAGUUGAUCCCAGCAUACAGGUCGUUCCUUGGGCGGUUUAGGAGCCAUAUAGAAAGUGGGAAGCAUCCAGAAAAUUACAUCAAGUAUACGACCGAGGAUUUGGAGACCGCUGUAUUGGAUUUCUUUGAGGGGUACUCAGUAUCCCAGCACUUGAGGAGGAGAUCUCAGUGAAUGUGAUCAAUUGAAGUUAAGUUUUGCAAGUUUAGAAACUAGGACACAUUCUUUGAAUUUUUUGGGAGUGUUUGGGUGAUGACGGUGCUGGUCGGUCUGGGAUUCAUUGAGCUUUCAAUUUCAUUAAAAACCCUAUAUAGUUCAAUAUUCUGUUGAUUGGGGGAGGUCAGAAUGUUUUAUGAAGAUCGCGGUUGGAGCACUACAGAGUGGCCAAGUCUACACGCCCGAAUGCUCCUGCCCUUUACUUGGUCCAUUUAUCCCUUCUUCAGAGAGACAUGCUUUUGUAACAAAGGUGCCUGUGCUGUCUCCCUCUUUCAGUUUUCGGUAUGUUAAACGAGCCAGCUUUAUUUAUAUUGGUUUUGUUUCUCAUGUAAUUAGGAAUCGUAUGUUGAUAUGUUCGCUUGAUGUAUCUCUGUACCGUACAAAACUGACGAUUACAGAUUGAACUUCUCUCUGUAAAUGUAUUUUAUAGCGGAGAGUCGUCUGUGAUUAACUUAUGCUGUAGCUGGAUUUAGAGUUUGUUUGGAAUCCUGGGUCAGGUCAUUCUAUCUGCUGCUUUUACGAUCAACUAGCUCUUAGUAUAGCAAUAUUCGUCUUGAAA